AUGAUUUCCAGUGGAUUGAUGGUCAUUUAUUUACUUGGAUUUACAUUUCCUGCUAAUCUCAGAUGUACAACAGUUUGUGAAGUAUCGAAUCAAUUCCACUUCAAUAAAUUUAGAAUUCAUACAGCGGAAGAUCAUCAAAGAUUCCCGGUAGGAAUAAAGAUUAUACCUAAUCCUCUUCCCAAGUUUUACGACCGCUUUCAUUCUAUGCACGUCAUACGUGAUCAAAAACGUGGUAUAUCAGGUUUACAAUUCAGACCUAUGAAUAAAGUUUCCGAA